GAAAUGAAAAAAGACAAAGAUUUGGUGUUUGAAAGGAGUAAGGAAAUUGCAAACAUUGUUAGUGGGCUUUAUUUACCUUUAAAUAUUUACAUUGCUUUGGUUGGAGUAAUUGUUUGGUCAGAACAUGAUGAGAUAACCUUGUCGUCUGAUGGAGACACCACUCUUACAAAUUUUCUUCACUAUCGCCGUGAACGACUUGUUCGAGAUCACCCCAACGAUAAUGCACAGCUUGUUACAGGAAUGGCUUUUGACGGUGGUGUUGUGGGAAAAGCUUUAAAAGGACCAAUCUGUACAUACCAAUAUUCUGGUGGUGUAAACAUGGUAAGUUGUGGUAUCUUUUAUUGAAA